AUGGGUCCCUAUCAGGAAUUCGAGCGGUUGGCCCGUCAAGCCACCACUAAUUCGGAAGCCUUACGAAAUGCAAUAGCUGCUGCUGAAGCAUGUUUUCAGGCUGUCGACCAUGCUUCGUCUCCGGCAGAAAAGGCACGCUUGACACGAAAGUUAAAGGAACUACUUGCCUAUGCCGAACAACUUAAGAAAGGCCCCUCGCCACAGACUUGCCCUGUGGCGCCUGGUCAGUCUCGUCGCCUUCCUACGUCGGAGAAAACCAUCAUACUGCGCUCUUCUCGCCUCCAUGGUCAUGUAUUUCCACCAUGGGAGGCCCCGCCAUCUGCCAACAAUUUUAGACUGGCAGACGAUGGCACAUUAUACCAAGACGAGUCCGAGUUCUGUCUCUCUCCCAGGCAGCAGGAUAUCUUUGCUGGGUGGAAAAGGCCCUCUGAGAUGUUCUCAUUACCAACCAGGGCUGGCGACGGCGGGAACAAUGCUGCACAUAAACUGCCGUCAACAUUGAUGCAAAGAGCUACUACAGAGAACGAUUUGGUGCAGGACAUCACAACCGACUGCAGUGUUGUUGCCAGUUUGUGCGCUGCCAUGAAGCAUCUCAGUUGCAGAGAAAAACCACUGCUUGCUGAUCUAAUGUAUCCGUUUGAUGCAACCAGUUCGACACCGCUCAUGUCUGAGAAUGGCAAAUACGUAUUCAAGAUGAACUUCAAUGGCUGCUUCAGGCACGUAUCUAUUGACGAUCGCCUUCCUGCCUCCCGCACAUCACGUACGCUAUUUGUCGUGGAUAGAAAAAACCCUCAACUCAUCUGGCCUGCCCUGAUGGAGAAGGCUUACCUCAAAAUAAGGGGCGGUGGCUAUGACUUUCCAGGAAGCAACUCGGGGACUGAUCUUUGGGUUCUCACCGGCUGGAUACCUGAGCAGAUUUUCCUUCACGAAGACACAGAGCCAGACCAAAGCUGGGCGCGCAUCAAAGAUGGCUACGACCGUGGCGAGGUCGUCGUGACUCUUGGUACCGGGAGGCUGUCACACGAAGAAGAGGAGGCGCUUGGACUGGCUGGCGAACACGACUAUGCCGUUAUGGAUGUGCGAGUAGAGAACGGGGUACGACGGAUGCUGGUAAAGAACCCCUGGUGUGAUGGCCUUAUCUGGAAAGGGGUCGGCUCCUCGGCCGUCUUGGAACCAAAAACGACACCAAACUCUCCAGCAGGAAACUCCCCGGCGUCUUUGACAGAUGGAAUGACGGGCACAUUCUGGAUCUCGUUCGAGGACAUCGUCCAAAACUUUGAAUCACUCUACCUCAACUGGAACCCUUCAUUGUUCAGCCACCGCCAGGAUCAUCAUUUCACUUGGGAUAUACCAGAUCCCAUGUUGGCCAACUCUUUCGCACGGAACCCUCAGUAUUCAAUCUGCGCUCAGGCUGAUGGCACAGUUUGGGCGUUGCUGGACCGCCAUUUCCAUGACGAGGAGCUUACAAUUACUCGCAACCGCUUAUCCACGUCGUCAGCUCGUAGGUCGACCAGUCUUCCUGAUUCUCUCGGUUUCAUGUCCCUCUUUCUCUUCUCCAAUACAGGCGGCAGCCGUAUACAGUUGCCCGAUCGUCCUCGGUGGCUUCAAAAACAGCCGUUUGUGGACAGUCCGCAAACGCUUUUACGCUUCAGGGCCAGGAGAGGGGAACGUUACACUCUUGCCGUCGCGCAGUCCAGCCUCCCGUUGCCCAAAUAUAACUUUAGCCUCUCCUUUUUCAGUCGCUCACCGCUUGAGGUGAGCAAAGCCGAUCCCGAACAUGCCCACUACACCACAAUAACUGGAUCAUGGACGCGGCGUUCCGCGGGGGGCAACGGCGCCGAACCCACAUAUCUUUCAAACCCGCAAUACUCGAUCAAGGUCACCACGCCCACCGCCAUAUCACUUCUUCUCUGCACCGACAACCAAGACCUGCCGUUGCACGUGGACCUCCUCUGGUCAGGUACGGGCGUAGCAGCCAGCGGGAACGCUCGUGAGAUUGUGGCAUCUAGCGGUGAGUACCGUCGUGGGAGCGCCCUGUGUGCAGUAUCGCGCUCGUGUCCUGCUUCUACGGCCGCCGGCGGAGCGUCGGUCCUCCAACCGGGUAUGUAUAUAGCUGUACUCUCUACCUUCGAGCCUGGGCAGCUAGCAUCGUACACUCUCGAGAUUGGCUCCUCAGCACCCGACGGCCCCGUCGUUGUGGCUCCGGCCGCCCGCACCGGGGCAGCUGCCGGGCGCCUGCGAACCGCUCUGCCACCCGUUCCCCAACUGCCGCCCUCCCGCUACCCGCCUACGACGGCCCAUGAUGACCAGGACUCGAGCGACGCCCGUGGCCACCGCGCACCAGUGAUCGUGUCGCGACUCACCAGGCUCAGCGUCGCCGUGGCACCGCGCUCCGGCGGAGUUCACGCCGUGCGCGUGCGCCUCGAGGCCGGCACCAACGCACACCGCCGCGAGCUCGCCUUCAGCGGCGGCGACACCCACGAGUUUGUCGACGCGGCGCGGGGCGCACGCACGCUCGAGGUCGAUGUCGACCCGGGGCUCGCUCAGCGCGAAGGUGGGCUCUGGGUCGUGAUUGAACAGAUGGGAGGCGGCAAUGGGAACGGUGCGGCAGCUGCCUACGUUGCUGCCCCGACGGUCGUCGAGGUCUUUAGUGAUAACCCCGUUCAGCUCGGGCCGUGGGAGUACAACGAGCACUAGACUAGUUACAGAGAGGGUGUUUUUUAUGUGAUACAGUGCUGCUGCAUGUUUUCAUGGGAGUGGAACCACCAUUUAGUACAAAGGCAUUCACAUAUGGUUUGCGAUUAAUACAGUACAUGUGUCCGCACUAGGGGCUUACCAUCACUGCUACAUAUUUUUAUAUAACCUUGAUAAAGCGUCAAGUUGUUUAAAUACGAGACUCCCUGACUUACGUAGCAUACGUACACACGGAAUAGAAAGUCGG